AUAAACAAACUUAAUAAUAUUAAUAAUAAUAAUUAUAAUAAUAAUAAUAAUAAUAAUAUUAAUAUUAAUAUUAAUAUUAAUAUUAAUAUUAAUAUUAAUAUUAAUAAAUUUAUUAUGAAAUUUUCAAAAUAUAAUAAUAUUUAAUAUAUUAUAUAUUAUAAUAAUAUUUUAAUUAAUUUUAUUAAAUGCAAACUUUUAAAUAAUUUAAUUAAAAACUAAAAUAUUAUUAAUAGUUUAAAUUUAUAAAAAUAAUAAUAUUUAAUGA